AUGUCUACUAAGAUUGCACAACCUUAUACUGUGCUUAAAAUAGCUACAGAUGCCGGCCCAUUGGCUCAAAUAUGGCUAGCUGCUAAUAUGUCUAAUAUCCCAAGAGGAUCUGUAUUACAAACAAGUAUAGAAGAAUCUGCCAAAGAGAUUGCCAAAGUCUCUGGGUGUGAACCUGAGAUCGAACAAAAUAACGAAAGUAUUACUUUACAUGCUUCGGGUGAAUUGUUACAAGGUAUCGUCCGUGUUUAUUCCAAACAAGCUGGAUUCUUAUUAUCUGAUAUUAAAGAUACUUUAACCAAAAUUACUGCUUUAUUUAAGGCACAUUCAAGGGUUAAUGUAACCAUCAGUAGAAUUAGCACGAUUGCUAAGGUCAAUCAAUUGGUUCUGGAAAAUACAGUAACUGAAAAGGAAGUUCUCUCAACACCAAGUUUAGAUUUCCUUGAUGAUGAACCUCAAGGAAUGAAACAAUUGCUAAACGGGAAUAAUUCUAUGCUAAGAGGUGUAUAUGGAGCGGCUGCUACAAAUGCCAUCGGUUUCAUAUCAGCAGAUAAUUCAUUAGAAGUUGGGAGGAGAUUUAAUCCUGAUGGAGAAUUUGAACACAAUUCAUCGGCUUUAGCCCUAGAUUUUGAUGUUGAUGAGGGCACGAGGACAAAUAGUGGGUCUCAUAUAGAAAUUGAAGGUAAUGAUAUGGACUUCCCAUUGGAUGAUCCACUUGAUAAUAAUGAUAAUUGGGAUCUUGGUAUUAAUGAAGAACAUGAUGAUUCUAUCGAAGUUGGUAGAAGAGCUGAGGAACCAUUACUAAACGAACAUACCGAAUUUGGGUUUGAUUUAGAUUUAGACAAAAAUGAACCAGCAAUCGAGCCCAUUGAAGAAGAUAUUGAACAUAUAGCUCCUCCAAAAAUAUCAUCAAGAAGAAUAAAAGAUCCUUCAUUAAAAAAUACAAUGAACAUUAUUGUCGAUGAUAGUUCAGAAUUAUCUAGAAACAGUUUAACUGAGUACACUACCAAUGGGGCGAUAAAUAAUGUUACGAAUAGGAUUCAAAAUAAAAAUAUGUCUCAGAAAAGACUAUCUCACGAAAUUUUGACAGAUCUGGGUUAUCUACACCAAUCGGUUAUUUCCAAUUUACUUCCUUACCAUGUCUUAAAGAAACAGAAGAUAGACAAACCAGUACAAACUACCGAAAAACCUGAGGCUUUUGAAAAUUCUCCUCCACCAGCAUUAGACAUUUCUUUAGAAUUAGACAACACUAACUAUAUCAAUGAUAUUGACAGUAUACAACAUGAUUUUGAAGACAUAGCCAUUAACGACAAUACGGAUAUUGGUAAUGAACAUGAUAUUAGAAGUUCGAGAAUCAACACUCAGGGUACUGUUUUGGAUGAUUCAUUGAAUCAAGAUUUGGGAGAAAUAUCUACCAAUUCGAUCGUUGAAGAAGAUAAUGUGAAAUUGAAAAAUGGUGAGGUUGCUUCAAAGGAAACCAUUGAAAUGGCAGAAAAAUUGAGAGAAUAUUCUGAUGGUUCUAAUAUUGUCUACUCUGAUAUUCUUUCGCAUACCUCGAAAGUUCCUAAUCAACCAACUAAGGCAGACGCUAGUAGAUGUUUCUUUGAUAUGCUAACGUUAGCAACAUCAGGAUGUAUUAAUUUGGAACAAUCGUCUACUUUCGAGGAUAUCUCAAUUUCAACUUUGAAUCCUCUUUAUGAAAAGUUUAUCCCUGUAUGA